AUGUCCACCGUCCGAGCCAUUAAUCUGCUGAUUCUGGGGCUGGGUCCCACGAUGCGCCCCAUCUCGCCCGAGACUAGGAGGCAUAUCAAUAAAUUGGGCAUAAGGGUUGAGGUUCAGGACACUAGGAAUGCAGCUGCGCAGUUCAAUCUGCUGGCAACAGAGAGAGGCGUUCAAGAAGUUGCAGCCGCCUUGCUACCUAUUGGGUAG